AUGACCGACGUAUCUGAGAAGCAGCAGCCGCCUGUCGCUGCCCCUGCCGCUGACGAUGCCGCCGCUGCUGUCACUCCUGCUUCCGAAAACACGGAUGCCGCGCCCGCAGCGCCCGCCUCCCCUGCACGGAGCGACAAGAGCAGCGAUAGCGAAGGCAAGAACGUACGGGAGAAAUUAAAGGACACUCAGAUUGAUGCGCAGGCCCCAUCAUACCCCGCGUCCGGCUCCGACCAAGCUCUGAACAACGCACCCAACGGCAGCGCCAAACCAGGAGAUCAUCAGAGCGUUUCAGGCUCGGACAGCGAGCGCGGACGGUUACGGCGAAAGCGCAGCCGCGAGGACUUUGAAGACGACGCCGAAGCGGACAAGCAGCCGGAGAAGAAGAUCGAGCGACACACGCGCAAGCGGUCGAGAGACAUGACAAAGGACGUAGACGCCGACAUGUCUGCCAAGCCUUCUGGUAACCCUAUUACGAGUAUCAAGGAGAGCGAUGCAGACGAGCACAUGGCAUCGCCCAGCAAGACCCCGACGACUACAACUGACAAGGCGUCUGGCUCCGGCACUAGCCCCAAGCACAAGCGCACGCGCGACGAAGCCGAGAAGGAUGCAGAGGAUACGGCUGAUGGGGCUGAGGCUGCAACUGCAAAUGGCCAGCCGGAUACCAAGCGAUUACGAGAUCAGGAUGGAUCCAAGCCUAGUUCGGACACAGUCGAGUCAAAGGCAAAGAUACCACGCGGAAGUGGAUUCGCAAACACCUCUGCCGCAUCACCUUUUACGGCCAUGGCAGCCAAGUCCCAGGGACCAAAGAGUUCUGAUAAACCCGAGUCUUUACCGCAGACAUCAGACGACAAGUUCAAGGCUUCUGGUUUCGGUGGCUUCGCAGCUUCAUCUACGUCUCCAUUCGGGUUUGCCAGUUCCGGCUCUAGUUCACCCUUUGGCGGGGCAAGUGGAGGUAAAUUGACGUCUUUCGCUGGAAAAACGGCUGCUCCAACGUUGGGUGGCAGUGGUGGCGGAUUUGGCGCGCUUGCAGGCUCUGGUACCUCUGGUUUUGGUGGAAGCUCCUUUGGUGGCGGAUUUGGAGGAUUGGGUACUACAAAAACACUAGGAUCCUUUGCAGCGCCCGGCGGCAACUUGGAAAUCAAGGGUCUCAAGGAAAAGGAAAAGCCUUUUGGGGCUGCCGCAGAUGGCAACUCUUCCGACGAAGAGGACGAUGACGAUGAGGACCCAGAGAAGGCCACAGAGAAAGAGGAGCGACAGUCCAGCCAGCCUCUUCUCUCGCAGCAGCCACCCGAGACUGGUGAAGAGGGCGAGCAAACCCUCUGGACAGGCCGCGCAAAGCUCUACAACAUGGCCGGCGAAGGCUCAAACCGAGGAUGGAAGGAGCGUGGAGUCGGAACAUUCAAGUUCAACAUUACCGUUGACGAGCCCAAGAAAGCUCGAUUCGUCCUUCGCGCAGAGGGAACCCACCGUUUACUUCUCAACGCAGCCGUCACGCGUAAGAUGGUGUUUGGCGGCGAUGCGCAAGGCGAGAAGCCAAAGGACGGCCGUCUGCUCUUCAACUCGCCCAAUGGGGAUGGCGAGCUGGAGAUGCAUUUACUGAGGAUGAAGGCGGAAAACGCAAAACUGCUCUGGCAAGAAGUCACAAAGGUGCAAGAAGAACAGCUGUAG